AUGCAUUUCGAGAACAUGGGCACAGCGACAACACAGGAUGUCGAGCUGGCGGAUUCCUCGGCAUCACAGGAACUUCAUAAACGACGAAAAGGGAUAAUGCAAGAGCCCUCCGUAUCUUCACGACCUUUCGUUGGACGUAUUGGUGGAAACCAGGAAUUCACGCUUCCCCGUAAUGAUUCGCAUUACUCAACAAUCGCUGAAAAGGUUCCUGACGUUUCGGGGACUUUUACCUGGAGAGAUAGUUUUCGGUUGAUCGCUUUCGCAGACGGCGAGCUCUGGAAAGAAGCGACUUUGGAAGGUGUUGGAACAUGCCUCCAAAUCUUCUUGUCUGGUCUUUUCUCUAUUGGACUUGGGCCCGGCAGCAGCUUCGCCAGCGCCUCUACACCAUUGACUGCAGCUGGAUUUGCAGGUGUUUUGAACGCCCUUCUUAUAUCAUUCUUCAUUUUCGUCGGAGGACCCGUUUCAGGUGGUCAUUUUAAUCCCUUCAUCACUCUGUCGACCUUUUUUGCCCGCCUCUCCAUUUUCCCGCGUACCGUCCUCUACGUCAUCUUUCAAUGCACAGGAGCCGUGGUUGCGGGCUUCAUGCUUCGCGCGGCCAUCGGUAGUAAACAGGCCUUUGGCAUGAUCCCAGGGUGCUACAUUGACACCUCUAUCAUCACCCCUGGCCAAGCAUAUGUAUUUGAGACAAUGACAUCGUUUGGCCUGAUUUUUAUCGCUUUUGGUGUCGGUCUCGAUCCUCGUCAGAGACAGGUCUUUGGUCCUGCAGUUUCGUCCUUGUUGGUAGGCAUGGCUCUUGGAUUCACCAGCUUCGUGUCCGGAAUUGCCAGGCCAGGCUAUACGGGAGCUUCAUUGAAUCCCGCACGAUGCUUGGGCCUGAUGUCAGCAGCCGACCAAUUCAAUUACCACUACAUCCACUGGUUUGGAGACUUGACGGCAGCGAUCAUCAACGGAAUCAUGUACUGGAUAAUUCCCAUCUACAAAGAUUAG